AUGGAGUUUCUCGCCUCGAAGAUCCUGCCGUUCGAGAUGCAUGCGACGGCGACACAGUUCUGGCGCUCGAUGGCUCAACCACACCUCAAGCUCCGCGAUGGCCACUACUCGUUGGUUGACGGCACGGAAGACACACUAUCGGCGAAAAUGGCAUUCACUGUGCGGCACAAGAAACACCAAGUGAUCAAAGACGCCUGGUUCGUGGUCAAGCGCUUUAUCGAAGAAGACAGAUGUGUAUUUGUAUGGGCCUGCGAGACCAAAGUUGAAGGAACUCUUAGCGCCGCUCAAAGCAUGCGUCAUCGUGAUUCUGGGUGGACGUUGUCCUGUGUGCAAGUAAGAACAGAACUACCGGAGGUGAUGCCAAACAGUCAGGAGGAAGUGGCGAUACUGACAGACAUCGUCACCUCUUCCUUUCUCGAAAACCUGGACGGCAUCCACCAAUCUGUCGAAGAUGCUCUGCUGGAAGAAGCUAUGCGACUGAAUUGA